UUUAUAAACAUUUUCUUUGUGCAGUCACUAAAGGGGCUUCCUGGUGCUUCGGCGAAUGUUCCGACUACGUCUGACUAUGGCACAGCCGCUCCACUGUCUACCAUCCCGGGUUCUGAGAACGAGUUCAAGCAAGAUCAACGACCAUUUGCACGGGGUGCUGACUUCACUGGCGGGGGUCCUGCUAAUGAUUGGGCAGAUUCUUUUCGUCCUCCGGGCAGUCUGCAUUCGGAGGGCAUGACGCAAGCUUUGCAGAGUUUGACCAAAUUUAUAACAAUGCAGGCGCUACCUUUGGACCAGUUGGACCAGCCUUGGAUGGUCCACCACAAAGGGUCUUAUCUGGUGUUCUGCAUUCAUUUCUUUCAAGCGGCCGAGCUGGUGUGCCAUUCCAACCUGUCCCAAUACCAGCUCUUGGUUUGUCUGAAGGUGACAAGCAAUGUAUACGUGAUCGUAGCUGCAUAAUGGCACGCCAUAUUUUGGGUGAUCAACCUGAAGAAUAUAUACAAGCACAGGUAAACACAUUGCUGCAUUCUCUUGAUAUUGACAAUAGUUAUCGAACGAAAAACCCCCUGCACGGGCCAUAUCCAGAGAUGGAGGAGUACUGGAAUCAAUCCCAAAGUGCUUUGCGAUCUGGCCCAAUGCACAAUGCUGCAAAUAAUUGGGCUGCUGAGUUCGGCAAGCAAAAUAAUAACCCUGAGGGUUGGGUUACUGAGUUCGGCAAGCAAAACAACAAUCCUGAGGGUUGGAUUACUGAGUUCGGCAAGCAAAAUAAUAACCCUGAGGGUUGGGCACGAUCGUUUGAGCAGCAAUAUGGUCCCAAUGGUUGGGCCUCUGAGUUUGAACAGCAUCAGUCUCAGAUGGCCAUGGGUCAGAUGGGAGGGGCGAACAUGGCGAAUCUUGCAGCUGAAAUAGGAAACUGCUUUCACAAGGCGCAGAUAAGUGGGUUAAUAGAGAACCUAUAG